AUGAGUAUUAGGUAUCCAUGGAGCAAGAAGAGCAAGAGGUCUUCUAGGGUUUCUGAGACCAAACGGAAUGUAGCCAAGGAGGAAAAGCUGACUGCUUGUCUUCCUCUGCGCAAGGGUUUGUCACAUAAACAAGGCAAGACCAUCAUCACUUUGGCUUCGUCUUCUAGAAAGCAUAGCCAAUUGGAGGAGCUGGGUUUAGAUGAUCUCCAUCAGACCCAAAAGAGCAAGAGGCAAAACUGGGUGUUGGCGUAA